AUUAUGCUAGCAGCAGGCUCGGGCACGCGCGGUGCCUCGCGCUCUGCUCACAUGACGUAAGGAUGUUACCCAGCAUUCUGCGCGGGCGAUCUGACACAAACAUCAAGGAAGAGGAUGCCGGACGCCUCAGAUAUGGAAUACAAGGUUGUAUUUGCAGCCUUGAAGAAAGUAUGUGAAGACAACCUUGCUGUUUUGGGAGGUCCCUCUGAUUUGCCAUACGGCGCUGUUGCCAAGCGCCUGGUCACGUGUAUGAGGCAGAUUCAGGAGCACUGCCGAGCCCUGGAGCCUGUGGUCGCCAGCUUCGCCGCCGUCUUCCACCAUUAUGACUUUGAUGCACAAACGCCUGGAAAUGGCUACCGCACCCUGGUCAAGGUCUUGCUGUCUUGCCUUUUACACAUCAUUCACAAGGGUCGUUACAUUGCCUCUAAUUACAACGGUGCCUUCUUCAGGGCAGAUCACAAUGUCUCUGAGAUGGAGGCAUACUGCGUUGCUCUGCGCCAAUUGCGUGCCCUGCUCCACCUCGCCCAGCGGCUGAUCAAUGACAACAACCACGGCGAGCUGUACUGCCUGCAGGACAAGGACCUAAGCAACAGUUUUGUGCAGGAGUACAGCUCCAUGCACAAAGCCUGCUUCUAUGGCCGCUGUCUGGGCUUUCAGUUCUCACCCACUCUACGUCCAUUCCUCCAGACUGUUGUCAUAAGCAUGGUAACAUAUGGAGAGACGUAUGGUAAACAGCAGUCUGGUUUUGGUUUGGCAGCCCUUUCCCUCCUCACAUCAGGGAAGUACGUCAUCGAUCCAGAGUUGCGGGGUGCUGAGUUUGAACGCAUUACCCAGAACCUGGACAUGAAGUUCUGGAAGUCCUUUUGGAACCUCACAGAGUCCGGCCUUUUAACAGGCUUCAGCAGAAUAUCCUCUAGCCCAGUGCAGGUGAACUUCACCCUGACUGUGCCUCCUGUCACUCUACGCCUCCCACUGGCCUCAGACCCUAGACUAACAGCCACAGUGUCACCUCCAAUAGCCCACUGGGGCCCCGGGCCAGUCAACAUGCGUCUGAUCUCCUAUGAGAUUCGAGAGGGACAGGACAGUGAAGAGCUGCUAGCUUAUUCUCGAACCGAUCCUCCCCCCAUCUCCGCAUCCCAUUUUCCCUGGAUACAGAAGCAGCCUCGCUCCCCGUGGCUGCUCAUCCACUUCCAUGGAGGGGGCUUUGUGGCCCAGACCUCCAGAUCCCAUGAGAAUUAUCUUCGGACUUGGUCGAAGGAGCUGAGCGUACCUAUCCUCUCCGUUGACUACUCUCUGUCACCCGAAGCGCCCUUUCCAAGAGCUCUGGAGGAAUGUUUCUACGCCUACUGCUGGGCUCUGAACAACUGUCAUCUGCUGGGCUCCACAGCGGAGCGGGUUUGUCUGGCAGGUGACAGCGCUGGAGGAAACCUCUGCAUCACUGUGUCCAUGAAGGCCAUAUCCAGCGGCAUCCGAGUGCCUGACGGCAUCAUGGCUGCCUACCCUGCCACCUUGCUCACAACUGACGCCUCGCCCUCCCGUCUGCUCACGCUCAUCGACCCGCUUUUGCCUUUAGGAGUUCUCGCGAAGUGUAUCAAUGCAUAUGCAGGUACAGAAUCUCAGACGGCGCAGCCUGCAGUAGAAAGCGGCAGUCUGAGCUCUCUGGGUAGAGACACUGCUGUCCUGCUUGGUGAUCUUACCCAGGGAGCCUCCAACUGGAUCCAGUCCUUUCUGGAUCCCAUGCGGACUACAGGAGGAGCACGCUCCCUGUCAUCAACGCCGAGGGGGUCUCCGAGCAACGAAACUCGCAUGACAUCCACUCGCACCUCCGCUACAAACUGUGGAAGUCGCACUGAUUACCCAGAGGACUUUGAGCCCCUGCGCUCCGAGUGCCUGGCUUUUAUUCGCCCAACUUCCUGUCCCAUUAUCAGGAACCCGUUUGUGUCGCCCGUGCUGGCUCCCAACAACCUGCUGAGAGGCCUGCCACCUGUACACAUAGUGGCCUCUGCUCUGGAUGCCUUGCUGGACGACUCUGUGAUGUUUGCCAAGAAGUUGCGAGACAUGGGCCAGCCUGUGAGUCUGACGGUGGUGGAGGACCUGCCUCAUGGAUUCCUCAGCCUUUUACAGCUCGCCAAGGAGACGGAGGUCGCUGCAGGAAUCUGUGUGGAGACGAUGAGGAAGAUUUUCCAGCAGGAAAACCCACCGUCCGCUCUUCGCAAGAGGCCGAAGCUGGAAGAGACUUAUCAGAGUAACAAUCCAUCAGGCUGAUUUAUCUGUCAUUCGUGGGACUUUGUUGUUCUCGGAUGAAAAGAAAUCUGACAUGAGGUGGUGAGAGAGAUGCAAUAAGGGGGGUGAGAGAGAUGCAAUAAAUGUAAUCAUGUCAGGGAGAAUUGUGAGGAUGCAACAAACUCUGUAAAAGUAGAGGAAGCUUAGGGACACUGCACUUUAAACCUAGACCGCACAACAUUUUCUGUAGGCAAUGAUGAUCAAAAGAAGCACUACAAACUUUUACUUUCUACCAGCUUUAAUAUGAUCCUAAAUGAUGACUAAGUAUUUUUCUACCAACAUUUACAUUUUCAAGAUCCAGAUCACACGCACAUUGAGAAUAUAGACUAAUAGAAACUUCACUGUAACCAGCCUUUGCAGUAAUUUCUUAACUGAUAUAGUAUGUCAGUAAUGGAAGCUGUUGUGCCUUGAAUUUAAGUGCUGCUAAUGUGUAUGAAGAUUAGCUUUGCCUAUGUCACUGCACAGACUGACCAGAAUUAAGAUUUACUUGCACAGGAAACACAUUCCAGAUGCAAUGUGUCAUCAUCAUUAUUAUUAUUAUUAUUAUAUUUGAAUUAAAAAUGUAUAGUCAGGUUAUGCCAGUUUGUCAUGUGUUUACAACAUAUUGAUAAGGAGGCAUUCACCUUGUGUUUACCAGCAGUAUGUGGAUGUGGGUUAUGAAAGUAACUUGUACUGUAAAUUAAUUCUUAUUUGAUAAUAAUAAAUAUUGAACACUGUUAUAUUUAAA